GUCUGCUUGUUGCAGAUUAGUAAGGGGCGGGUAAUUUUACAGAAAUGUUUGAAUUGUAGGCACUAGUCAUGUCAUAGCAGGUCUGUGCUCGUUUCUCCUACUGACAUGGGAACAGGGACAAACUUUUCACGCAGGGAGGAAAACACAAACAUCUGACAGUGUCCUCUUAGAGCCAAGAAAUUCCCAGAUGGCUCUCACACAAGUACAGGACCAGACUGUUAAAGUGGAGAGGAUCAAUAAGGAAACCGGAGAGCUGAGUGCUUCGGGGGAGUUAUCUGUCUCUGUGGAGUUGAAAGCCGGGAAAGUGGCGGGCUCCUGUAAAGACCCUCAUCCCCAACAAGUGCUCAUAGAACAACUGGAGCGGCUGGGAAUUCACACAUACUCAAGCCCUGACCACAGAACUGACCAUGUUCCUUUAGAACUAAGAGAGGAGCAUCUUGCUAAAAUCCUGCCUUUGUACAUACAGGUUUGUGAUGAUGUGGGCAGAGUUGAAGGGUUGGAUAUAAAGGGGCUUGCAGCGCUCACUGCUAACACAGUCAUCUACAACAUCUACAACAGACUGACAGAGAGGCCUGCAGAGGGAGCUCGUGAUGAAGUGGUGCAGUUUUUCCAGAGACAGGAUAAGGACACAAACUGUGAGGAUAACAACUGUACAGGGUGGUUGCUGUUGAAAUCUUUGUUGCUGUUGACGGCUGACAGCUCAGAUAUACUGUCCUUUAUAAACCCAGAGCUCCCUGCUGCUCUGGUGAAAUGUCUGUACCUUCUGGUUUGCCUGCCAGCGAAGAAAGAGAACAUAGCGAUAGAGGAGACAUUUCAGGAGCCAAUAACACAGGUUCUUCUUCAGCUUUGCAGGCAGCCAGUUCAUGUGGAGAGACUGGUAGAGACUCAGGAGCUACAGUGUUUAAUCAUUGGUCUCACAUCACUAUGGGACCAGAGCAGCACCUCCUGGAGACAUCAGGCCUCCCGGAUCCUCAAGGCAGUAUCUGCUGCUGCAACAAGCAACACUGUCCCAAGCUUACAAGGCAAGAAUUGUGUGCGUAUCUGCAUCCAGAACCUUUUGAAACUCCAUGCUGAUGUUUCAGGACCAGUGUUGGCUGAAGUGGCGGUGGCUGUGUUUAGUUUUAUAAGAGACACAUAUGACUUGAAUCCAGCUCUGUUUAUUGAGUUUGAUGCCAACAAUGGCUACAAGGCCCUGGAGAACAUCCUAAAGUGCUGUGAAGAAGGUGUGACUGAGGAUCAGAUCCAGCCUGUGGAGGAGUUACUAGCCCUCAUUGCAUCCUUUACUAUGCUUGGAAAAACGGAGUUGAAAGUGGCUCUUUGUGUCAGCAACCCACAACCUCCCGGCUUUAAGUUUGACCCGCCCCUCACCAAAGGAUCCGCAGUGAAGAACCUGCCUGCCUUCCAUCUGCUGCAGGGAUCCCUGCUCCGAUCCAAGGAUUCUCUGUUGUGUUGCCAGAUCCUUCACACCCUGCAGACAAUAUGGGAGAGGGACACAGCAAAUUUUUUUCUUCUAGAGUGGACUGUUCAGUCGAUGGCCCAGCUAGCUACCUGUAUGUUGUCUAAACCAGCACCUGUUCAUAAACUGUUUUUUUCACUGUUGGAGAUGGUCAUUUUCAAAUUGAACUACAUUCCCCAUGAGACCUUGCGAGCAGUGCUGGGUGUACUGAAGCAGAGUUGGACAGGGGCACUGGCUGGAGGAGUGGCAGGGAUAGAGUUUGGAGUCACAGCUUUGAAGUGUUUUCAUAGGAUGACAGUCCACAGUGGUCUGUUAACAGAGGUGCUGAGUGACGGGGGUCUGCUGGAACUGCUGCUUGGAGAACUUCGAAGGAGAGCAAAAAUCCUCAGGAAGGCUGGAGUUGUCUCUGCCCCAGAUGGUCAGCAGUUGCCAAGUCUUGAAAAUGGUGAGAGACUUCUCACGACCUGCAUGCUUCAAGUUGUGUCUAUGCUCACGUUGCGUUCAAUCAAAAACACAGUUUCAGUGCGAGACCUUGGUAUGAUUCCCUAUAUAAAAAUCUUCUUGGAUGAGGAUCAGUAUCGAGGUCCCACUCUAAGCAUUUUGGAGCAGCUCGCUGAGAUUAACCCUGAGGAGUUUAUGAGUAUUGCUGUAGGAGCCCUUUGCUCCUCUACACAGCAGGAACUUGCACUGAAGCGGGACCUUUUGCAGUCUGUGCGGAAGGUCCUGGAGAGUCCUAACAGCUGGGAGGCCUUCAGAAGGGCAGGGGGCUUCACCGGACUGCUGUCACUAGUGACAGACAUGGAAGGAGCCCUCUCCGACCCUCCCAAGGGAGAAGUGUGGAGGUCUAUGGGGCAUCAAUCAGUACUGGACUUCCUCUUCCUUACACUUCACAUCCUGGCUCUGGCUGUGUACCUACAUACAGUAAAUUCACACCAUUUUCAGGCUGGAGGCUUGUACGAAAGGCUGGCAGAGGCUUUAUUCCAGUUGGGCUGCUUUAACAUCGAAUGUCCCGAGAACAGGACAUGGGAUGGAGAAAACAGCUGCUGUCCCAUGACUACAGAGAACAACCAGUCUCCAGGAAAAAGCUUCCACCAAUUUGUUGAGUUAGCACAGGCCCCAGUAACUCCUUCAUCUGCCGGCACCACUUCACAGCCUCAGCCCGACCUGCCUGUCACUCUUCGGACAUGCAUAAGGCUGAUGUCCUACCUCGACCAGUUUGCCACAGGGACCUAUUCACCUCUGGAGUUAAACUUGGGGUCUGAGGAUGGAUGUGAUAGAGAUAAAGAGAUACAAUAUGGACCAACAGGGCAUGAAGGAGCCCAUUUUGAGUCCCCUCCUGUUCAUUCGUCACCAGUGGACGACACACCGGGACGAUUGAGAAAAACGGCUACCAGUAUUUCCACAGUCUGCUCAGAGUCUCAGUACAGGUUUACCUGCAAUCACAUUAUCCUUCAUCCAGGAGCAAUCCGAGUCAUAAUGACACUCCUUCCAUCAAUGUUUACAACUGAAGACCCACAGCUCUCUCUGGAGGUCCAGUUCUCUCUGGCAUACCACAUUCAGGCCAUGGUCAAAUCAGAGCCAAACCGUCAGAUAAUGUGUGAGGGGGGUCUUGUCUCCACACUUUUGGCUCACUGUCAGAGCAUAUUGACUUCUCCAAACCACCCGUUACAUCUUCCAGUUACACGUAUUCUGGAGAAACUGUCCUCACAGGCCAUAACACACACAGACUUCAGAAAAUUCCUGUGUUUAGGAGACCCUCUCAUGUGCUCACCAAUCAAAAAGUCCAUGCUAUGUCAAGGAGAAGAUCCUUCAUCAGUGAAAGCUCCCAAUUCAAAUGAGACAGACAACCCAUCAGGACCUUCAGUAAAGGUUCUGAAACGAACCUUCAGCCUAUUAAAGCCAACAACUCAAACUGAGUCCUCCAUUGGACCUGCGAUACCCAUCCAUCAGAUCAUCAGUCUCGUGUCCAUGACGUCACCUCGCACCUUCAGACCACACAGAGUCUCCACUUCACCUGCUUUCGUCGAAUUUGACAUGAGUGAGAGCGGAUAUGGCUGCCUUUUCCUGCCUUCUCUGGCCACAGUGAAAGGGGUGACAGCCGAUUCAAUCUCAAUAGGUGGAAUAGGAGGAGACUGCAGAGGUUUUCCCCCUACAGCUGGUCUCUCAUAUUCAUGCUGGUUCCAGAUCAACAGGUUCACUUCAGCCUGUGAUUCCCACCCAAUCCGUCUCCUGUCAGUAGUUCGUCACAUGUCUCGAAGUGAACAGCAGUACAUCUGUCUGUCCAUAUCCUUCUCGGCCUGUGAUGGUUGUCUGGUCAUUUCCACAGAGGAGGAAGCCUUAACAUACUUGGAUAUGAUGGAGCCGGAGGUGGCAAGCCCCACCUCUUUGCCCACUUCAUUGAGGUUUCGAUGCUCUAGCAUGCUGGUCCCAGGUCAGUGGCACCAUUUGGUUGUGGUCAUGGCCAAAGACGUAAAGAAGAGCUGCCUGGUCUCAACAUACCUUAAUGGUAAAGCAAUGGGGACUGGAAAGAUGAAGUACAUACAGCCGUUCCCUGGCCACUAUGCCUCCAUGGAUCCCACAGCUGUGAUUGAUGUGUACGGACUGAUCGGUACUCCGGCUCUGUGGAAGGAGCAUGCUGCUGUAGUGUGGAGAGUGGGUCCUUGUUACAUGCUUGAAGAGGCUUUAAGCCCUGAGGCUGUGGGUGUCAUAUACACACAAGGCACUGCCUACCUUGGUAACUUCCUGGCUCUACGCAACACAGGUGUUGAGUCUCUCAGGCUGGUUCCUGAAGAGAGAAUCUCAUUUGGAAUCAACCCAGCAAUUUCAACAUUAACAACUGUUGCACAAAUCAGAGAGGAUUACAAUGAGGUUGACUGUAGACUCAUUGCUAAAGAGAUGGGGAUAACUUCUCGAGAUAACUCCACUCCCGUGUUCUUAGUUCGAAACAUUAGCCAACACCUGAGCGGUACAGCACGCACCAUAGGAGCAGCGCUGAUUGGACAUUUUGGUGUGCGUACCUUUACCCCCAGCAGCGCAGCCAAUGGUUUCCUGUAUGUUGGCGGACCUGCAGUUGUCCUCAGUCUAGUUGCAAUGGCACCAGAUGAUAGCUCUCUGUAUGCAGCUGUCAAGGUUCUUCUUUCUGUGUUGGAGACCAAUUCAGUCAUGCAGGAAGAAAUGAUCCGCAUCAAUGGAUUCAAGCUGCUGGCUUUCCUGCUGAAGAUGAAGAGCAACAUAGUCAGUUACAGAACCUUACAGGUGGUUCUACAUCUGUCAAGCCCAGUGGAUCUGAGCUCUGGUUCUGUUUACUUACAUAACUUACCAGCUUUCCAGGCCCUGCUGUGUGACCUCGAGGUGUGGCAGAGCACAUCAGAUAAUCUAGACCAUGUGGUUUUAAACCACUUUGCUGAAAUAUUGAAAUCUUCAAGCAAUGACAGCAGGAAUGCAGUGAUAAUGCAUGGUAUGGGCUUGUUACCAAAGAUGCUGUUUGAGCUUUCUGAUCCCGCUGUGACCUUUGAGAAGGUUGAGAUCAUUUCCCGUGUCAUUACUUUACUCCUGAAAAGUGACUUCAGCCCUCUGGACAUAAGCAGACUUGGACUCUUCCUGGUUUACACAUUGCCACCUCUCAAUAGUGCAACUGAAGGCCAUGACAUGUUGGACAGUGAUCUUUCCCAGGAAAUGAAAGCUCAGAGUUCUGGACCAGCCAACCCCAUCUGGAUUCGCAACCAGCUUUUAAUUGCUCUUUGUGAAAUCCUCAACUCAGACAGCCUUCUAAUCAAAGACCAGCAGAAGGCCCUGUUUGAUGCACUGGGCAGUGAUUGGUUCCUGCUCUUCCUUCAGCCCCACAUUCACCCCUCAACUGUGAAACUGGGCCUCGCUCUCCUCACACACUUUCUGUCCAGUCCCAGUCAACAGAGCAGCUUCAGAGAUGGAGUUGUUCCUGCAACCCUCAUAGAUGGCAUGGAAGAGCCCUCUGCUAUCAUGGAUAACCUUCGGGCCCACUCUUGGUCGUAUGAGUGUCUCAGCACCACCUGUCCAGGAUUUGAUGUUCUCCAAGGGCUGCUGGUCAGACACUCUCACCUGCCUCAGGUGUAUGAAGCUCUGGCUGCUCUGCUGCUGGGGAAGAUGAUGAGUUACACAUCUGAAGAACAGGUGCAAUUGGAUGACGUUCUACAGUCAUUUAUUGACAGCCAAGAAAACACUCCAGCUGAAGAGCUCUGUGUUGAAGCUGCAGUAAUACUCCUGAAGUUACUCAAUGUCAUCAUUAAUGCACCUGUCUCCUCAACAAAGCAGAUGUCAGACCCAAUUGCAUCAUGGGAACUGCAGCUCCCAGCAAGUGUAAUGCAGUUCUUUUGUCUCCUCCAUAACCUUCGACCAAGAGAUCCAGUUUGGGCAUCACCAGAAUUCCUCCAUGCACUUGCUAGUGUAGUACAUCCUUUGGACAGUUCAGAGGGUGUGGCUGACACUUGUGAAACAAGUGGCGGUGAAAAGGCAGUGAAGUGUUAUCCAACCAGGAAACCAGUGUGCGACUUUAUCCGCAUUCUUCUCAUGGACAGUCUUCUUAACGUUUCUGCAAACACUCACAGCCAUCCACUUGUAAUGCUGCUGGAGUUUUCUCCAGAUGAUGCUUCACUGGAACAAAAGCAGGCUUUCCAAACAGAACUGCUGGAGUUAAUCAUGGACAUCAUCUACAUGCUCAGUAGUGAUGAAGAAAACAACACUCAUCUUAACUCCCAAGACUCCAAGAAUCACAGCCCUGAAAGACAGAUGGGAACACUGAUGGAAAAUGUGGUGCUCUUCAGUAAGGCUCUCCUGCAGAAACUUUACAGUGGAACAAUUUUGGGAGACUCUGAGAGUUUGCUCAACUUCCUUGCAGAUCAGAUUGUUGUGGUGCUCGAAAAAGGUCAAUCCCAUAAAGAGAAGACCCUGUCAGCAUUGUACUCCUGCACAAAUAAAAUCGUACUUUAUUUCCUGUCUCAACCUCGACAUUCUCAAGAAGAAAAGGAAGGGGUCAUCAGGACAUUGCAGACCAUCAUGGAGCGUUGGGAUGUUGUCAUGGCAACUUACAAUGCAAACUUGAACUUUGUUACAUGUCUUCUGCAUUGUUUGUUACUAAUACGAUCGGGCAGCUACCCUGAAGGUUUUGGAUAUGUGGCAGGAAAAGUGCACAACAGGAAAGCUUCAUUCAACCUGUUUCCUACCAAAACCAGACAUCCUGUGCAUAAUAACAACGGAGCAGAUUUUACCACAGAUGAAGGACAGCUAGUCUCCUUAGUGGAGGCCUGCUGGUCAAAGGUCAUGACGGAGCGGCGACACAUGCUUGAAGACACCUAUAAGAUUGAGAUCUCGGCUAGUUACACAACAAAGACCGAGCCUGUGAGCAUGACUGACAUCAGCCCUCUAUGGGAGGAGAUGGCACACAAAGCCUGGCUGAUACACACAGAGUCUCAGAAGACGAAGUUGGCCACCAACUCUCAGAACACAUUUGAUCUGAUCAGUAGCGCUGUUCGCUCUGCUUUGGGCAAAAUGGACAAGGAGCCAGCAACAGUUGAGGAGUUCCUGUCCUAUAUGGAGUCACAUCGACACAGAGGCCAUAGCAUAUUCGAGAACAUGAGGACAAACCACUUACAGCAACGAGCCAGUGAAUGGGAACAUGUAAGCUCCGAGUGGCUGCAUGUGGAGGCGGAACUACUGAGGGAGAGAGCCUUGUUUGGUCCUGGACCUGGAGUACUGUUGAGAAGAGACUGGGUGCAAGAUGCUGCAGAAGGCCCCAACAGGACCAAAUCACGCAUCCGUAGAAAGGCUCUGAGGCGAUCCAAACGGUUGCUAGGAUCACUAUGUCUAAGUUUUAGGACUGGUGUGUUGGAAGAAGGCAAAGAUGGCACAGAAGCUGAGACAGAACCCAAGAUCCUGUGUGAAGUUGGAGCAGAGGCUAAAGAGAAGGAAGAAGAGGGACAGGACUGUGAUCGUCUGACCUUCUUCCCUGCUCUGAGUGAGACACCUGUUGUCCCGGAGAGUCCACCUGAGUUCAGCACACCUGAAUCCUGCUCCCAAAUGCAAGACUGCCCUGAUAUACGUAUCAUCCUCCAGGAGCUGCAUACAGGAGAUGAGGUAAAGGCUAAGAUGUGCGUAGUGAUGGUAAGCAGUGUCAAAGUCACAGAGGGGGUGCUGCUGUUUGGGAAGGAGAGCUUGUUCUUGUGUGAAGGAUUCACCCUUAGUCCCACUGGAGAUGUUUGUUGCAGAAAACAUCACCCUAGCAGUGUGAGGGAUUCCUUCAUCUCCACGAUGCUAAACAAAGAGCCGCCCCCAGCCCGUUGCAGACGCUGGCUCUAUGAGGAUAUCAAGGACAUCCGAUUUAUGCGCUUCCUUUUGGAGGAUAAUGCUCUUGAGGUCUUCAUGAAAAAUGGACACUCAGCAUUCCUGGUAUUCCUGAAUAAGGACCAUGUCUCUGCAUAUAAAAGGUUGUGCAUGAUAGUGCCAGCACUGAAAGGCAGGGGGGUAGCUGAGGUCAUUGCUAAUGCCAGGAAGACCCCUGUGGUUGAAAAGACAGCUCUUCUGAAAUGGCAGAGAGGGGAAAUAAGUAACUUUGAAUACCUGAUGCAUCUAAACACUGUUGCUGGGAGGACUUACAAUGACCUGAUGCAGUAUCCAGUUUUCCCCUGGAUUCUAGCUGAUUACCAGUCAGAGACACUCGAUCUCUCAAAUCCUGCCACUUUCCGUGAUCUGUCCAAGCCAAUGGGAGCUCAAACAGAGAAAAGGAAGCAGAUGUUCAUCCAGAGAUAUGAAGAAGUUGAGAUGAGUGAGGCUGAAGGAGAUUUAUCGGCGCAAUGUCACUAUUGUACACACUACUCCUCUGCCAUCAUUGUGGCCUCCUUCCUUGUGAGAAUGGAGCCCUUUUCACACACCUUCCAGGCACUUCAGGGGGGGUUUGAUAUCGCAGAACGCAUGUUUUACAGCAUAAAGAAGGAGUGGGAGUCGGCCUCCAGAGACAACAUGGGGGACGUCAGAGAGCUGAUCCCUGAGUUCUUCUACCUGCCUGAUUUCCUACUCAACUCCAAUCAUAUUAAUAUGGGCUGUAUGGAGGAUGGUACCGCUCUGGGAGACGUGGAGCUGCCUCCCUGGGCGAAAGGUGACCCUCAGGAGUUCAUUAGAAUCCACCGAGAGGCCUUGGAAAGUGACUAUGUGAGUUCACACCUUCACCUGUGGAUCGACUUGAUUUUUGGGUAUCGGCAACAAGGUCCAGCUGCUGUCGAGAGUGUCAACACUUUUCAUCCAUAUUUCUACAUCCACAAAGGUCGUCAGGAUGCUAAAGACCCCCUCAUCAAGAGCACUGUCUUGGGAUACGUCAGCAACUUUGGUCAAAUCCCCAAGCAGCUCUUCACUAAGCCACAUCCACCUCGUAGUGGCUUGAAGAAAGAGGGAUCAUCACCUACACAUCCCACUCCUUUUUUCUUCAAACUGGACAAGCUCAAGACUUCAGUCCAAGCUUUCAGAGAGCUGCCAAGAGGACCAGUGGGUCAGAUACUGUGUCUGGACAAAGAGGUCCUGGUCUUGGAGACAAACCGGCUUGUUCUGUCACCACAGUUGAAUUGCUUCUUCAGCUGGGGUUUUCCUGACAACAGCUGUGCAUUUGGAAACUAUGCUACAGAGAAGACUUUUGCAGUAUGUGAAAAUUUGUGUGACUGGGGGGAGACAUUGUGCGCUGCUUGUCCCAACCCGACAACAGUUGUCACCGCAGGAACCAGCACUGUGGUGUGUGUGUGGGAUGUGGCAGUCAGCAAAGACAAACUCACCCACAUGAAACUAAGACAACCAUUAUACGGUCACACAGAUGCAGUAACAUGUUUAGCUGUGUCUGAGGUCCACAACAUGUUGGUAAGUGGCUCCCGUGACCUCACCUGUAUCCUGUGGGAUCUGGAAGAGCUAAGCUACAUUACGCAACUAGCUGGACAUAAAAGCAGUGUUUCUGCGCUGGCAACCAAUGACCUCACUGGGGAGAUUGCUUCAUGUGCUGGGCCGGUGUUAUACCUGUGGACCAUGAAGGGUCAGCUGUUGACUUGUACUGACAUUUCCUGCGGGCUCCAGGCAGACAUCCUGUGUGUCAGCUUCUCACAGCGACACGAGUGGGACGCAAGGAAUGUCAUUGUCACUGGCUGUGCAGAUGGCAUCAUACGGAUAUGGAGGACAGAGUACACCCGAACACAAUUACCUGGCCCUUUAGAAGAGCAUGUGUCCCCAGGGCAGGAGGGAACAACGCGGACAGAAAAAGACGUGAGCAGCUCGUGCCAGGUCAAAAGCUGGAAGAGACAGCUGGUGUUAUGUCAAGAGCUGAACAGAAAUCAGGCUGUGCCACAGCGUCGCUACAAAAAUAAUCCGGCUAUCACAGCUUUGGCCAUGUCCAGGACCCAUGCGACUCUGUUGGUGGGUGAUGCCUGGGGCAGAGUUUUCACCUGGAUCUGUGAGUGAGGGGUGGCAGGGCUCAGCCUCCACCUCCAGCUACCAUUUAUACACAGACCUGAUCCUUUUCAACGAGACCUUGACAGACCUUUAAAAAAUACUUCAGUGUUUUACCAGCUGAGCAUUGAGAGAAGCUGUGUUUUAUAUUCUUAUGUGUCCAAUCAGGGAGAAUGUUACCAGAGUUAAUACAUAUUAUAUUAUUAUGAUAUUUUAACACAUCCAUAAAUAUUUAAUUAUGCAUUUUUUUCUGUGUAAAUAAUGAAUUUCAACAAAUGUGAAUAAAAGUAUGGCUAUUUGACUCUU